UCUUGUUGGUUUAUUUUCUCAGCCGUUCAUGAGCAUGUACUUUAUUAUUAACCGCUCUUUCAAUUUGUCCGUCACCUUAUUCCUUUGGGUCUUCGGUGACUUUUUAACCAUCACCAUUAGUAUCGGUGGUUUUUCCCUUUUUUUCAUCUUCAUCGGCUGAUAAGUUGGAAACAAUUAGCUUUUCGUCGUUGAAUGAUCACCAGCUUAUAGUCCGAUUCCUAAAUUGUUAGAAUACAAUUUCAAGAUUUACAAUUGACAAAUUUAACAAAGUUAAAUGUCUAAUUUUAGAGUAAUUGACAAUUAGUUGAGGACAGAUGAAGAUUUAGUAGCUAAUCAAUAUAAUAGAUGGCAGCUUGAGUCAUGUUGAUUGUUGGUGAAAAAAUUGAGCUCAAUUCAUAUAACUGAAUCGCAAUAAUUUACCAAGUAUGAAUUGAGCAUCAACCAGCUACUGAGCAUGAAAACUUGAAUACAUUGUUUAAAUGAAAAAGAAACUAAUACUUUCACUAAGUCCACUCCAAAGUCAACAAUAAGAAAAUCACAAUAACAUCAAAACAAUUUAAUCUUUUUGCUUUAAACUUUUAAGUGGUCAGUUAAUUAUCAAUAGUGACCAACUUACUGAAUUUUAAUUCAUUGAAAUUGAAAGUUCCGUUUUUCAUUUCAAUAGAAAUUUGACUUUUUUUUUGAAACUUUGGUAAUCAAACUAUUGGAUUUAAAGUUAAUGUUGAAAAUUAACAUUGAGAGUGAAAAAUUUUAUUCCUACAUUGAAAACGAUUGAAGUUUUUUACUAAAGGAAUCUAAUUAGACAAUAUUUAACCUUCAUUGAGAUUUAAUUGUUGAUCAAUAAUUAUCAUUGAGAAAAUGCCAAGAGGUUGUAAAGAUGAUAAAUUAAAAGGAUCUUGGGUUGUCGAUCCAGCUAAAUCAUUUUACUACCGUUGGCUUGGGAUUAUCACCGUUGCCGUCCUUUAUAAUGUCCUAAUGAUAAUCGGUCGAAGUGUUUUCUGGAGACUCCACAAUUCCCACCCAUGGAUUUGGUUCGCAAUCGAUUAUAUCUGUGAUUUUGUUUAUAUUGUCGAUAUGUUUGUCAACUCGAGAACAGGUUACUUGGAACAGGGUUUACUGGUUCGUGAUCUUGAUAAAUUGUUGGUUAAUUAUGUUACGAGUCCAACAUUAAAAUUAGAUUUAAUCUCGUUAAUACCAAGUGACCUGUUCUACUUAAUCACUGGGGUCAACUGUCAAGAUGGACACAUACCUUGUCCAGUAAUUGUCCGUCUUAAUCGUCUAUUUAAAUUACAUCGUCUAAUUGAAUGUUUCGAUCGAACCGAAACUCGAACUAAUUUUCCAAAUGCCUUUCGAAUAUGUAAAUUAAUCUUUAUCAUUCUGGUUGUAAUCCACUGGAAUGCUUGCUUCUAUUUCGCUAUGUCAAGUUUUAUAGGCUUCGAUACUGACCGUUGGGUUUACAGUAUGAACAAUACUGGUGAAGGAUUUUUUCAACAAUAUGUUUACUGUUUCUAUUGGUCAACCUUGACCUUAACUGCCAUCGGUGAAGUUCCGGUUCCUACUCGAGAUGAGGAAUAUAUUUUUGUCAUCUUUGACUUUUUAAUCGGUGUCCUUAUUUUUGCCACCAUUGUGGGUAAUGUGGGUUCCAUGAUAACCAAUAUGAACGCAUCUAGAGCUGAAUUUCAGUCUCGAAUGGACGCAAUUAAACAGUACAUGGAAUUCAGAAAAGUUUCAAAAGAACUUGAGAAACGGGUCAUCAAGUGGUUCGACUAUUUAUGGUCAAAUAAACAAUCACUCGACGAGGAAGCGGUCAUUUCGAUCUUACCUGAUAAACUACGAGCAGAGAUUGCGAUGCAUAUUCAUUUAGAUACAUUGAAAAAGGUUAAAUUGUUCCAAGACUGUGAAUCUGGUCUAUUAGCUCAAUUGGUACUUAAAUUGCGCCUUCAAGUAUUCAGUCCAGGAGAUUUUAUCUGUCGUAAGGGUGACGUUGGAAAGGAAAUGUAUAUUGUUAAACGAGGCCGUUUAUCGGUUGUCGGUGAUGACGGUAAAACGAUUCUGGUCACUUUAAGCGAUGGCUCCGUUUUUGGUGAACUGUCCAUUUUGAAUAUUCGUGGUAAUAAGACUGGUAAUAGACGGACAGCCAAUGUUCGGUCCGUUGGUUAUUCGGAUUGUUUUGUUCUCUCUAAACAAGAUCUUUGGGAGGUAUUGGAGGAAUACCCGGAGGCUAAAGAGAUGCUAAUUGAAAGAGGGAAACAAAUAUUACUUAAAGAUGGUCUACUUGAUGAAGAUGCAUUGAAACGAGGUCAAAGGGAACGAGAAAGAUUAGAAGAUCGCUGUGUUCGGUUAGAGUCUAAUAUUGAUACAUUAACUACUCGAUUCGCGAGACUUUUAGCUGAAUAUUCAGCAGCUCAGAAGAAGAUUAAACAACGUUUGUACCAUUUGGAAAGACGCUAUGAGUUAACAAUUAACGGAAAUUCAAGUGAAUAAAAUUCAAUCAAUUCUGUUCAACAAAAAUAAAAGACUUUUCGAUUUAUUUCCGAUCUUUUUCUUACUAAUAUAACCUGUAAAUCAGGUAAUGUACAAAACCCAUACGUUUGAAUUAAAGGAAAUGAAAAACCUGAGGCAAAAGCUUAAAUGUUGUUCCGGUCAUUUGUCGGAAAAGAUGUUUAAAAGUCACUUGAGACAAUCUCGCGAGUAAACUGCAUAUUUCAGGAUGAUAUCCAGAGUACGAAAAGCGUCUCGAGGAAUGAUACUCAGGCCACUUUUUGGUGAUUUCAGCUAAUGACAUAGCAAAUCGUUCUUGUUGGUUCCAAGAGAUAGGGUCAGCCUGAUAAUGUACAGAUUGAGAGCUCCAAAAAUAUCGUUCUCAUGAG